CACACACUCGGUGCGGGAUAUGUACGAUCAGACAUGGCCUAAAACACAGCACAGCCUAGCUGCCUACCUAAGAAAUUAGGUCCAUAAAUGGCAAUAGACAAAUGUUCUCAGCUGUAUAGGUGUGAGCUGGAGGCGCUUGCACUGUUCCUAUUCCUUGAUUGUUUGCCAUGGAUGAUCGCUGCACCGAUCUAUACCAAAGUCCAAAGAUCAACCAGCUUCCGCUAUUCCUUCUGCUAUGUGCAGCUGAUCCCUUCCGAUUUGAUGGCCUUGCAUACCAGUGCAACGAGACAUACUUGCUAGAAGUGCAGCAGAUGCAGGAAGUGCAGGAGGUCUAGGAGGUGCAGGAAGAGGAAGU